UGAACUUCCUAACUAGUCACAUUCCGGUGUGGGAAGACCUGAGGUACGAGGCUUUGAAGAGAGAGGUAAAGUCAGAAAGUAUGAAAAAGACAGACACAGGUGAGCAAAGGAGGAGGAGGAAAAAACAGUGAAAGGGAAAGAAAACAAGAACACACCAAUAAGGAGACCAUGGGGGUUCAACAGUACUGGCUUCUGCUGUUGUUGUUCGACUGCCGUGAACGGAUUACAGGGGCUGCAAGUGACAUUAGUCCAUAUAUAAAGCAUUAUGAGGGCUUAUCAUAUGACAGGGAGGAUCUUCACAGGAAGCACCUGCGAGCCAAGAGAGCCACACCACCUCAGGAAUACACACUGCAGCUGGACUUUACUGCUUUCCACAGAACUUUUCGGCUGCAUUUGAAACGCAAUGCGGCAGUAUUUUCAGAAAACUUCAAAGUGAUCAGUGAAAAUGGUUCCACCUCGGCAGACCUUUCCCACAUAUAUUCAGGAACACUAGAGGGUGAACAGGGUUCAGCCUGCCAUGGCUCUGUGUUACAGGGUCAGUUUGAGGGAACCAUUCAUACAGAAAAUGGGACUUUUCACAUAGAGCCAGUGCAUAGAUACACCAGGAACCAAACAGAUCACCACUCUAUAAUCUACCACGAGGAUGACGUGGUCCUACCAUCCAUGAGAAUUGCCACUGAUGGGUUCUGCAGUGCAGAGCAUUUAAACAUCCUCGCCCAAAGCCUCAGAUCCAAUGAGGAGGCUCCAGCGAGCCGGUCGAAGAGAACAGUGGAUGAGUCAAAGACCACCUGCCUGCUCUACCUCUAUGCUGACCACCUGUACUACAAGAGGUUCAAGUCUGUUGAAGCAGUUGUGGCUCAGGUUGCCUCCUACAUGCGAGCUGUAAAUGACAUCUACGACAAGGUGGACUUUGAUGGAAUAAAGCUGAUCAACUUCAAAGUGAAAACCCUCCAAGUGAUGACAGAGGAGGAUAAACAUGAUCCUUUGUAUCCUCUGUACAUCGGGCCUGAGAAACUGUUGAGUCUGUACUCCGAGAACAACUGGGGCAACUUCUGUCUGUCCUAUCUGCUCACUAACAGAGACUACAGCGGAGUCCUGGGGCUCGCCUGGGAGGGCAAGGCUGGUAACUGGGGUGGAGUAUGUUCGCAGCAGACCACCCUGCGUAACGGUCGUACUUCUACCCUCAACACCGGUCUGGUCACAAUUCAGAACUAUGGACAGUUCCUGCCUUCCCGCUAUGUCCAGCUGACCCUCGCCCAUGAAUUCGGCCACAGCCUGGGAUCUCCGCACGAUGAGGGCUCAAACUGUGGGAACCUCGGCUCCUCCGGUGGUAAAGGCCGGUACCUGAUGUUUCCUCACGCCACAGAUGAGGUGCGAGAAAACAACGAUAAAUUCUCGCCCUGCAGCAUCGAACACAUCAGCAAGACCCUGAAGCUAAAGAAGGAUGACUGCUUUGUGGUCAGCGAUCAGCCCAUCUGUGGAAACCAGAUUGUGGAGGAAGGUGAGGAGUGUGAUGUCGGUCACAAUGACACAGACCUCUGCUGCUUCAGCGCUAAACAGCCUGUGGGAGUCCAGUGUCGCCUCAAGCCUGGUAAAGUCUGCAGUCCGAGUCAGGGCCUGUGCUGCGGUCAGGACUGCGUGUUGAAGCCGGCAGGUCAGACCUGUGAUGAGGAGACAGACUGUCAGAAAGAGGCUGUGUGUUCAGGCCUCUCCUCGGUCUGCCCCGAGCCAAGCGCCAAAGAAAACCUCACAGUCUGCAGUCAGGGCACACGUGUCUGCCUGAACGGGGUCUGUACUGAGUCUGUGUGUGUGAGGCACAGCCUGCAGCAGUGUGACUGUCCAGGACGCUCCAUGAAGGAGAAAUGCCACAUGUGCUGUCAGCAGCCCGAUAAGCCUGAGACGUGUGCCAGCACCACCUCCUCUGUGUUGACCCGUCACUUCCAAGGAAAGCCAUUGCCAUUGGUCAGUGGAGCUCCAUGUUCAGGGAACCAGGGAUACUGUGAUAAAUUCCACGUAUGUCGUCUGCUGGAUGCAGAUGGCCCCAUCGCAAGACUGAAAAACUCCUUUCUACAUCUGGAUGACUUCGAUGACAUAGCAGAGUGGAUGAAGGCACAUUGGUGGGUCAUCCUACUGGCUAUCUUGACUCUGUCUGGAGUGAUGGGCUGCACCGUCUGCCUCUGUGGCCGCAAGCUGGACACUAGUGACUUGUAGUGACCUCUGGCCUUUUAACCCUGUCACCUCUGGGAAUGCAGGUAUCAUCACGAUGACGUGUAUAUAUUAAAUCUGGGAUUUCUAACCCCAGAAGAGACUCUUUUUAAUCAAUUUUGUUCCACGUCUCAAACAGCAUGAUCUGCAGGUGACCUGUGAAGACAUGCACACCCGCUCAACAUGUCUCACACUGUUUUUGUUACCUGAUACCUUUGCCUACGUCAUCAGACAUCUGCCGUUUCUUUUUUUUCCAUGUGUGACUUUUCUGUUCACGUUUCAAGAAAUGGUGAGAAUCUGCAGUGAUGCAUGUGUUGUGGAAAAUGUUGUUGUUGGUGCCAAGUCACCCCUCUUAGAUAGACCUACAUAGCAUUAAACACGUACAGUGACUUAAAGCUGCCCCUGAUGGGACUUGAUGCCCUGCAGUGUCCUUACUGCUGUAUUUGAACUUCAACGCUGCUAAGUUCAGUCAUGUUGACCAUCCAGCUUUCCAUUACAGUUAAACUUUAUCAAGUGGAAAUUGGUGGUCCUCUUAGCAGGACCUGCUGUCGUAACUGCUGUCAUGAAAAUGUCGUUUUUAUUGUUUGUCUACAAAUGUUUAAGUUAAUAAAGUAACAGUAAACAUGUCUGUA